CACUAAGACUAAAUGACAGAGAGAGGAGGAGACAGAAAAGUGGAGAGCGAUCAAAGGAAAGAAGCAGAGAGAGUGGAAACAGUGAUGAACAAUUAGAUACAACCUUUCAUAUGUGUCGGUGAAGUAACAGCGAUCAAAUCUGUGGAUGAAUUUGAGCUCCAGUGCAUAUCUCAUUGAGUUUAGCGUGGAGAGGUUCUCUGAUUCCUUUGCAAACACCUCUACUGUGCUGAACAACAAUGCUGCAGAUCUGGCUCUCUCUUCUGUCCGGCCUGUGCCUUCGCCUGGUUUUCCUCUGCAGUGCCGAGGAAGGUCUCGAGUUCCCCAAUUUUGACGGGAAGGACAGAGUGCUGGACAUCAACGAGCGCAACUACAAGAAGGCUCUGAAGAGGUACGACCUGCUGUGUCUGUUCUACCAUGAACCUCUACCGGCCAACAAGGGCCUGCAGAAGCGGUUCCAGAUGACGGAGCUGGUGCUGGAGCUGACAGCUCAAGUCCUGGAGGACAAAGACAUCGGUUUUGGAAUGGUGGAUUCCCAGAAGGAUUCCAAAGUAGCCAAAAAACUGGGUCUGGAAGAGGUUGGCAGCUUGUACGUCUUCAAGGAUGAUCGUGUCAUUGAGUUUGAUGGGGAGCUCUCAUCUGACACGCUGGUGGAGUUCCUGUUGGAUGUGCUGGAGGACCCUGUAGAGAUGAUCAAUAACGCCAUGGAGAUACGAGCCUUCGAGAGGAUGGAGGAGGACAUCCGCCUCAUUGGCUACUUCAAAGGAGAGGAUUCAUACUUCAAAGCUUUUCAGGAGGCUUCGGAGCGGUUCCAACCUUACAUCAAGUUUUUUGCUACAUUUGAUAAAUCCGUAGCCAAACAUCUCUCCCUCAAGAUGAACGAGGUCAAUUUCUACGAGCCGUUCAUGGAGGAACCGGCCAUCCUGCCUGGUCGACCUCUGUCAGAGAUGGACAUUGUGGAGUUUGUCACCCAACACAGAAGGGCUACUUUGAGGAAGCUCAGGGCUGAGAAUAUGUUUGAGACAUGGGAGGACGAUAUGGAUGGAAUACAUAUUGUUGCCUUUGCUGAGGAAGAAGAUCCAGAUGGCUACGAGUUCCUGGAGAUCCUCAAAGACGUGGCCCGAGACAACACCAACAACCCAGAGCUCAGCAUCGUCUGGAUUGAUCCUGAUGACUUCCCUCUGCUGACCACCUACUGGGAAAAAACCUUCAAGUUGGACCUGUUCAGACCCCAGAUCGGUGUGGUCAACGUCACAGAUGCCGACAGCGUUUGGCUGGACAUGUCCAACGAUGAGGACCUGCCCACCGCCGAGGAGCUGGAGGACUGGAUCGAGGACGUCCUGUCAGGGAGGGUGAACACCGAGGACGAUGAUGAGUUCGCCGACGACCAGGACAACCCUGACAGCUACAUCACGGAGGACAGCGACGAAAGCCGUGACCCAGAUGAGGAAGACGACAGCGACGACUAAGCUGAUCAUCAUCAAGUCAAACAAAAUGUCUGUUUUUCAAAAUUUUAAAAUGCUAGAUGGUAGUUUUAACAGAUAGAACAGAAAUGAUUAAAGGUCAUCUUGGGAACAUUUUUGGCCCAGUUUAUCAUAAAGUUAUUGCAGUGCCUGAAGCUGUAAUUCUCCUGUACGUACCAAGGAUCAGGAUAUCAUUUAAUUUUUGGCCACUUGGGAGCAGCACAGCAAACUGCAAACAGUGUCUUAUUACCACCUGUUAAAUAACACGUCCAUAUUUACACAUCCAGCAAGUAUAAAGCAGCAUUAGCGUUACAUUUUCAGUCUGAUUAUAAAGUGAACAUUUUAUGUAUUACAGCUCUGCUUUUCCCUUCAUGAACUCCUCAGCAGCUCAUCUUGUUUCUCUGUUUGGUGCUAGGCUGGUAGUUUUCAGAGGUCACAGAAAACACUGCUGGUUAGACCCCAAACAUUAGAGCUGCAGGCCCGACAACCAAAACAAGCUGAAAGAUGCUCAGACAUUCCAUAAAGUUGAGGAGGGCUGUGGAUGAUUUUUUUGUCGUUUAGUCAUGGCGAUCUCUUCAGACAUGACACCGUUGAUUUAAAAAUAUUUAUUAUAGCAGCUUUAAAGUUGGUAUGAGCAAUAGGAUACUUAGGUGGACUUCUAUUGGUGUUUGACAGGUGAAAAUAAAUGAUAAAUGUUAGUGCUUGAUUUGUUUUCUUGUCAUCCACUCAAGGAAAAAUUAGAUUAUUCACUUACAUCCCCACAUAUCUGGUCCCGAUGAAUAUUCUCAUCAUGUAAAAGUGUUAAUAAAGGCUCAUAAUGACGA